GUACCUAUCAGAAAAUAUUUAUAUUUCACAUGUGAGCCCCGUGAGCCCAAGCAGUUUCAAAUACCAUACUCAUUUGUGUGUGCCAUAUGGUUAUGGGUUAAAAUGUGCAACUUUGGUUCUCCAGCUGACGAAUCGUAAUCUCGCAUCCUCGUCUUUCGUGCCUCAUCGUUGGAGCAUGGCGUUUUCUAAUCAGUAGAGCAGCCAUAGGUAACUCGUUAUCUCCAGAACGCUUGUGUCGCUCGAACAGCCAGAGAGCAUUUUGUGAAAACAACGCAGAGCUGGAACCGCUGGGACGGUUCCAUUACGAAUAUCAUCCCGUCAUCUCCAAGCGCUUAUUGGCCAAUUAGGUGUUUGAACAGUGUGUGCAUUAUCUUCGCGCCUUCGAGGGAACAACAGCUAAUAGAGUGUGCAAAAGAUAAACCGAAUCUCGCAGGUCGAAAUACGAGCAGCAGAAUGUCAGAAAGCAUCAAAAACGAAGAGGACAUGAAAAUGGAGCCCUCCAGUCCACCGGAAAGGGAUCGCAGCAUGCAUUCGCGAUGUUCGAGCACGGGCAGUGCCCAUAGUCCGACCUCUUCGGCUCACAACUCAGAGGACGAAGAGGAUUCCGGUGAUAACAAGAGUGGAAGUACAAUGAGUUACAAAGAACGUCGCCGUGAAGCUCACACGCAGGCGGAACAGAAGCGGCGUGACGCCAUCAAAAGAGGAUACGAAGCGCUACAGGAAUUGGUUCCGAGUUGCCAGCAACCCGAUGCCUCCGGAUACAAACUAAGCAAAGCGUCCGUUCUGCAAAAAUCCAUCGACUACAUAGGAUUCCUCCACCAACAUAAAAAGAAGCAGGAAGCGGACAGGACCACCCUCCGCAAGGAGGCUUUAGCUCUCCAAAUAAUACAGAAAAAUUAUGAGUCGAUGCUACAGCAACAGCAGCAAGAACCCGGUAAGACUGAAGAGCGCCUCAGUGAUGAGGUAAAGUUCCAGGUGUUCCGGACCAUUAUGGACGAGAUGUUCGAGUCGUUCGACCAGCUGCCAAUGGACUCUUUUGCUGAGCUGACGUCCAGCGUGAUCCCGUGGCUGGAGGAGCACUGCAAGCCGCACCUGAUGCGGGACGUGGUCCAACGUACCCUCAACGGAAUCACCUCCCAGAUGGUGGCGCAGCCAAGCAGCCACCACCAGGAUCAAGGGCAGCAGGACAUCAAGCGAGAAUGAACAAGUAUAACGAAGUAAGCCUGUCUAUAAUUGUGUGUGGCAGAGUUACAUAUAGAAAAUUUAGGAUAUUUCAAUAAAGUAAAUAUUACAGAA